AUGUCCAUCCGCACCAAGCUGCAGAACAAGGAGCAUGUGAUUGAGGCCCUUCGCAGAGCCAAAUUCAAGUUCAAGGCCGCCAGAAGAUCCCACAUCUCCAAGAAGUGGGGCUUUACUCAGUUUAAUGCGGAUGAGUUUGAAGACAUGGUGGCCGAGAAGCGCCUCAUCUCUGUGGAUGGCUGUAGAGUCAAAUACAUCCCUAAUCACGGUCCCCGGGACAGAUGGCGAGCCCUGCACCCGUGA